CCCCAGGGAGUUAGGUCGAUCUACAGUAGAUCGAUCUAAUCUCUGGGAAUGGGGUCUUAGACCCCAUUCGGAAUAGGGGACUAACCAGGCAGAGGGACAAAUAUGGCCGACCUACUUGAAUACUUCCCCACAGGAUAUCUAUUCAGUGUCUAUUAGUGGAUUAGACAGCAAGCUUUGUAGUGGGUUGCCCCUCGGACUAGUUAGUCCCCUGUUCAGAAUGGGUCCUUAGAAUUACCUGGUGCAUGAUGACACUCAAAAAAGGGCAUUAUAAACUUCAGAUAUGAUCAAUAUUUCAGUAAAAAUGAUGUUGUUGUACUGUGCUUCAAAUUUACAUAUGGAAGCCAAUGUUAAAUCCUGAUGAAAGCAACUUGAGUUGAUAUUUUAAUCAAGCUAUUUUAUGUUUUGAUGCUUAUCUUACAAGUGCUUACCAGUGUAAUUUGAUUAAAAAAGAUAUUACAGUGUUCAAGCGUAUUGAAUUUUUACUCUUAACAACUAAUAGUAUUUUUAUAACUUUGUAUGUUAACAUCCAAACCUGUUGGAUGAAAUAAAACUUGGGAAUACAACUUGAUGUUUAAGCAUUUUGAUGAGGGUUAAAGUAAAUGGUAGAUUUUUCUGCUCUGAAUGCAUUUUAUAUGAAUUGGUCCUUGGAUAGAGGAUUGAAUAGGGAUGCACAGUAAUAAUACAGCAUAAUUUUGAAUCCAAGAACAAGGCAUUUGUCCUGUCAGAUAGCAGUGGCAAAACUUCUGUAAUAUUUAUAUAAUUAGCACAUUGUAUUACCCUUAAUGGCUUUUUUUCUCAAAGAACUCUAGAAUGGGCCUGAUAAAUCUCUGAUCUGCAAAACUUUAGGUUUAACCAUUAUGCUAUCUUUUUUCAUAAAUAUUAAAUUGUACAAAUUUAAAAAAUGGAAAAUUGCUAAUGUUUUCACUAGUAUCGAUCAUGUCCAGCAUCUGGUACAUGUCCUUUUAUCAGCAGCUAAGAUAUAAACUGAGAAUUUCCACUGUUUAUGAUUGCAGAAUUGUGGGCUUUAGGUGUCGCUUUCUACCAAACAGUUGUUUAAUAAGAAAUUUGCAGAUAUUCUAGCAUGGGUAUUUGAAAUGUUAUGCCAUUUUUGAAGUGGUCAUAUCCAUGCUACACAUCUCUAGGUAAAACCUGUGUAACAAUUACACAAUCAGAAAAGGUGGAGCUUGCUUCUUGUAUGAGGACUUUGUGAUUGAUUUGUUAUAUGUUAAAAUAUCUCAGCCCAAACAUUGAUUUUUUACUAAGUUUCAGUUCAUGAUAUUGAUUUAGUACUCUGGAAAAAAAUUGUCUACUAAUCAUCCACAUUCCUGCUGUGCCUAUGAUGUAUCUGCUAUGGAAAAUGGGACACUUAUAACAGUUGGUGGUAGUGACACGUUGUACUACAGAAAUGGUUUCUUUGAUAGCUGGCACCUAACUUCUGAGGCAUGCUGUGUUAAAAAAGCAGCUGUCAUGGCAGACGGGAGGAUAAUUGGGGCAGGCACAGACAACCAGCUGAAGGUUAAGCAGAGUUUGAAUGACCCCUGGGUGACCAUUCCUAGCUCCUGCUGUAUCAUAGACGUCGCAAUCACACCAGAUGGCACCAUUGUUGGCCUGGGCACCAAUCAGAAUUUAUACCUGCGCCAGAAGCUUGAGUUUCCAUGGGUUCACGUCCCCAACUCUUGUUGUGUCACAGACAUUGGUUCAAAUGCAUUUGGGCACCGUUUUGAUAUCACCAGCAGUUAUUUGGAUGGGACAAUAUCAGAGUCCUCCCACUGCUGCACAAACAACCUAGCUGCUGACUGCGGGACGGAGAAUGGAGAGCUAUUCACAAGUUAUGGAUCAACUAUUGCUUGGUGUUCAAGCUCUAAUGAUGAAUCUCAGUACCUUCAGGUUGAUUUGGAUGACAUUUACCUGGUCUCUAGGGUUGCUGUUCAAGGACGGUAUAAUAGCAAUCAGAUGGCAAAAACUUACCAAGUGUUUUAUUCUACUGAUGGGACACAUUUUGAUUGUUAUAGAGAGGAUGUAAACUCUCACUGUAUGAUGUUUUCUGCCAACCAAAAUAGUUAUGCCCAUGUCCCUGUAGUUCAGUCAUUUAACCACUCCGUGUAUGCUAAACACAUACGAUUUAGAUUCUGGUCUUGGGUAAACCAUUUAUCGGCUAAAGUAGGAGCUUUUGGCUAUAAACCAAGCCGUUUCCUUCCUCACCAGAAUUUAACCAAUGCAGGUAUCACAGGCACUUGUAGUUAUAAGCGUAGUAAUGGUGACAUUGUCAUGGUGCUGGCCCAGGAACACGAUGCUUGGUAUAACACAGAAGUGGAUACAUACGGCUAUGUCUAUGUGUGGAACAAGGAGAUGAAGAUGUUCCUGAGCACGGCAGCACUUCCGACCCCAUAUGGAGGCAGUGAUUGCGGUUUGUUUGAGAGCAACAAUACUAUGCAUGCUGUUCUAAAAAGUGACCCAACCGAUAGUCUUGUCUUCAAACUGCCUGAUGCGAUCACAAGACCUACCACAAUGUCAGUAAUUGGAGAGGAUAUAGUGGCAACCACACGUAAAGAUGCCAGUCCGCACUAUUAUGUGGUAAAUUUGAGGCACAUUUUCCCCUCUGAUGGUGAGGUAUUUGCCUGGCAAUACUAUGCCGCAGGUUCCGGGGGACCUUUAAUUUUCUAUAUUUUCCGCCCUCUGUCUGGGACUUGUCAGUUUGAAAUAGUGGGAGAAUAUAAGGUGAACUCAGUCAGAGAAACUGGAUAUAGAGAGAUAACUCUCCCUGUUAACCAGCGGAUGCGUGUUAAGGCAGGGGACCUGUUUGGUUUUGCAUGGUUUGAUACUGGGAUUAUGGGCUUUCCAAGUCAUGACUCUACCAUGCAGGAUGUGUAUCUUCCCCUGGCUGCAAGCAUCUGUCUGGCAUCACAUGGUGGCACAGCUCCUACUGCUGGUCAAACUGUGACGCUUUCGACUGAUUCCCCAAGAUAUUACUCUAUGAGAGCAAUAUGGCAGCCAUACAAUGAUUCCAAUAGUCCCCAAGCUCUGGGUAUGGAGAGUGGUGCUAUCCCAGAUAGUGCCCUCAGUGCUAGUCAUUCACACGGUGACUGCCACCUCACCAGAGCCAGGUUGAACUAUUUUGAUGACACUAUCAUUGGCAAUUCUUGGUGUGGUCUUACUUCUGGCACCUACUGGUUACAGAUAGACUUACAGGAUUACUACAUGGUCACUGGGGCUGCCUCUCAGGGACGUCCUCCCACCAGUGUUUGGUCUAGUCCAGGACAGUGGGUCACCCAGUACGAGCUUCACUUUUCAACAGAUGGAACUCAGUUUUCAUGUUACAAAGAUCAACAGGCAUCGUGCAGGGCAUUUACAGGCAAUUCCAACCCCACAGCAGUUGUCCACAAUGACCUCCCUAAACCAUACUUGGCUCGCUAUGUCCGCUUCUAUCCCAAAGCUAUAUACGGCUAUGGUUCCAUGAGGGUAGAGCUAUAUGGAUACCCUACAGACUGGAGUAUGCUGGCAGCAGUUCCUAACAGUCAAGGUGGAAAAUCUGUUGAUGUCACAGAGUUCAGUGGAGAGGUAUUUGCGGCUGUGACAAAAACAAGCACCAUGACAGUCUCUAAAUGGAACACAAACACCCAAGCAUUUGACGAAAUCCAGAAUUUAAAUGUUGGGCCUACUGCAGCAAAACCAUCCUUCUUUAAAGCAGGUGGCAAGCUGUACCUGACCGCAGCAGACGAAAAUGCAUCCCAAGUGACCAACCCAGUCUAUGUAUGGGACGGGAGUAGUUGGUCGUCCCACACCACACUGGACGGACACAGUGCCAAAGCCAUCAUUCCUUUCCAGCGUGACCGGGACACUUUCCUGGCUGUGCUGAACUACUUCAGUGAUCAGCAUUCCAGUUCUCAUGCCAGACACUAUGAUGCCUACCCCUUCAUAUACAAGUGGGCUUGAUUGGCAUUACCAAUCUUGACCUCAUUAAUUGUGCCUUAAUGAAUUCUGCUGUAUGUGAGUUUGCUUACUGUAAAUGAAGUCAACUUUCGCGUAAUCUUACAAAUCUGACAAAAUACUUAUCUGCGUUAUGGAAAUAAUCAAAUUCUGUUUUUCUCUGUUUAAUAUCUAUUGAUAUGUUUUAUAUACUGAUAUUUUUACCAUAUAUCUUUUUCUCUCCAACUUACAUUACAAUGAGUUUCAGCAGUUUCAUUUUAAAUUGAUGGACUUUGUUUUAGAGUUUUGACGAUGCCAUUUCAGGCAAAUGGCAAAGUUUUAUGGUAUUGUGGUUAAGUGAGAUGUCAGUCUUUUCAAAGCAAAAAUAAUCUAUAUAAUUUUGUGUGCACUGUGAUAUAUCAUCAUUUUCUCAAUUAAGCAAAAUUUUCUAAAAUCUUAAUGAGAUAUAUUGAUGUCAGGAAGUUAAGAUACUGCAAGCAUAAGAUCAUUUCAUGCACAAUCUGCAUGUGCUGAGGAACUUUAUAUUCAGCAAAAGAAGUUGGACUAUUUCCUGACAUCUCUAGGUAUGUU